GCCGCAGGAGGCCCGGGAGGCGGAGAGGAAGGCGGGGCGGGAGCUGCAGGUCAUCUUGAACAUUCCAAAUACCUCCCAUUACUCGAUGCUGUUGAUAAAAUCAGGAUGGCUUUGAACUCAGGGUCACCACAAGGUGCUGGACCUUACUACGAAAACCAUGGAUAUCAACCGGAAAACCUCUACGCCCGACAGCCCCCCGUGGCUCCCAGCGUCUACCCUGCGUAUCCGGUUCAGUACUACCCGGCCCCGGUUCCCCAGUACGCCCCGAGGGUUAUAACCAACGAUUCGACUCUCGCCAUCCACACGCAGCCCAAAUCCCCGUCGAGAACUGUGUGCACCUCAAAGACCAAGAAAGCGCUGUGCAUCACCGCGGCCCUGGGGGCCGUCCUCGUGGGAGGCGCGCUGGCCGCCGGCCUGGUCUGGAAUUUCAUGGAGAGCAAGUGCGUGGACAACCAGAUAGAGUGCGGCUCCUCCGGCACCUGCGUCAGCUCGGCUCACUGGUGCGACGGCGUAUUGCACUGCCCCAGCGGGGAGGACGAGAACCAGUGCGUUCGCCUCUACGGACCGAACUUCAUCCUUCAGGUUUACUCAUCGGAGAGGAAGUCCUGGCACCCCGUGUGCCAAGACAACUGGAGCGAGAGCUAUGGGCAGGCAGCGUGCGAGGACCUGGGCUACAAGGAUAGUUAUUAUUCUAGCCAAGGAAUAGCAGAUGACAGCGGGGCCACAAGCUUUAUGAAACUGAACACAAGUGCCGGCAAUGUCGAUAUCUAUAAAAAACUGUACCACAGUGACUCCUGUCCUUCAAAAGCCGUGGUGUCUUUGCGCUGCAUCGAGUGCGGGACCACCUCGAACGUGAGCCGCCAGAGCAGGAUCGUGGGGGGCUCGGGCGCCGCCCUGGGGGACUGGCCCUGGCAGGUGAGCCUGCACGUGCAGAACGUCCACGUGUGCGGAGGCUCCAUCAUCACGGCCGAGUGGAUCGUGACGGCCGCCCACUGCGUGGAACAACCUCUGGACAACGCACGGUACUGGACGGUGUACGCAGGCAUUCUGAGACAGUCUUUCAUGUUCUAUGGAAGUGGAAACCAAGUGGAAAAAGUGAUUUCUCAUCCAAAUUAUGAUUCCAAGACCAAGAACAAUGACAUUGCACUUAUGAAGUUGCAGACGCCUCUGACUUUUAAUGACAGAGUGAAGCCAGUGUGCCUGCCCAACCCGGGCUUGAUGCUGGCGCUGAACCAGUCCUGCUGGAUUUCCGGGUGGGGGGCCACGGAGGAGAAAGGGAAGACCUCAGACACGCUGAACGCGGCCAUGGUGCAGCUCAUCGAGCCCUCGACGUGCAACAGCAAAUACGUCUACAAUAACCUGGUCACGUCAGCCAUGAUCUGUGCAGGGUAUCUGCAGGGGACUGUCGAUUCCUGCCAGGGUGACAGUGGAGGGCCUCUGGUCACUUCGAAGAACGGCGUCUGGUGGUUGAUCGGGGACACCAGCUGGGGCUCCGGCUGUGCCCAGCCUAACAGACCAGGAGUGUACGGGAACGUGACAGUGUUCGCAGACUGGAUUUAUCGACAAAUGAAGGCAGACAGCUAAUCCUCGUGGCCUUUGUCCCUGACAUCGUUGCACAAGAAAACGGAGGGGCUGGCUUUGAUUCCCUGUGCAUGAUUUAUUUUUAGAGAUGAUUCAAAGGUCCUUUCAUUUUUAUUAAAUAGUGAACUUGCCUGACUUGGGCACUCUCUGCCAUUCUGCGCAGGCUGCAGUGGCUCCCCUGGCCCUGGGCCCAUUCCCUCUGACCCCUUGUCCAGAAGGGGUGACAGCCCGGCUGGGUGUGGGCACCAGCGGCCAGACACGGAGGAGUGGGGUGGAGACUGCCCUGUUGGGACCUUCCUUCGGAGCCCAUUCCGGGGGCUGCUUUUGGGUGAGCAGGGAGCUGUCACCUCUCAGCUGCUGGACGGCUUGAGUUGGAAAAGGGGACAGACACCUGCAUAGCCCCACGGCCUGGCUCUCCACAAGGGGUUUUUGGCAGUCAUUUGUAGUGCCUUCUUAGCAGCCCCUGAGGGUGUCUACAAAUACAGGGACCGGCCCUUCCUUCGUGGGUGGCGACGUGCUACUCACUUGUGAGGGCAAGAGAAACCUUCCUUUCCCCUCCUUGCGGGAGUGGGAGUGUAGACGGCCCGCGGUGCAAGGGAAGCGGCUACAGAGGCGGCUGCCGGUGCAGGUCUCCACCUGCAUGUCCUGGGCUCCUCGGAGGAAGUCCCCACAGUCCCGCUCUGGCCCCCUUGCAGAGUGCGCACGACCCUUGGUCCUGGCAGUGGGGCCGAGCCGGGCACCACGCUGAGCCUCUCCACCCCCGAAUCACUGGCAGUCGAGGUCUCCUGGGGCAAUCAGGGGUGUGUGGUUUAGGAUACGCUGUCUCCUUGUCACGUUUGUACGUGUUGCUACCUCAGUGCUGGGAUCUUGGCUUCUGACGCCUCCAAGAAGUUCAGGCACUUGCUCUUUGAGACUGCUGUCGUCCUGACCAAGGACGUGCCGUGGUGCACUUGGGUGACCGUCGCAGAAUGAUGGGCUCCUGCCUUAACGCUCUGGAAACCAACGUGCUGAAGAAAAGAGCCCAUGCUGGCGACGGAGAAGAGAAGGACAUUUCGUUUUGGACUUCCCGUUGGCCCUUCCGACACCGAGGGUUCCGCAGGGGUGGGGGGGUCCCUCUCGUGUCACCAGAUGUUUUGCCGUGAGCGCUACUCCACCGUGGUCCUGCCUCCUUUCCACACACACUGGUUUUCAAGAAGGAAAUGAAUGAUUCUCCUGCUAGGACCUAACCUCGAAAUAGAACCCCAGCCAGGGGACGCUUCUGUGCCACGCGCCUCUGGGAGCGGCGUCCCCAGGGGCCUGGGACAGCACCGCGAGGCGUCUGCUCCCCGAGCCAGAUAGUACACAGCCUCGUAAGGUGACAACAUCU